GAAGCCCAGUUUUUUUGUCCGGCAACGUAAGGCAAGCCAAGGAAGUAAGGAUAGCUUUGAAGAACGACGAGGACGGAUUCAAUUCGUGGCUUAACUCUCGAUCGUCAACUUAUCCAGUCACGAAUUCAUUCCUCGCCAUCACCACUCACAUUUCAUUAACGCAAAGAGGAAACAGACAACGUAAAUAUGUCAGACUUUAGUGAUUUGGAUCGACAGAUCGAACAACUCAGACGGUGUGAUAUCAUUAAGGAAUCAGAAGUCAAAGCCUUGUGUGCCAAAGCACGGGAGAUUCUGGUUGAAGAAAGCAAUGUUCAGCGUGUUGACUCUCCUGUCACAGUUUGUGGUGAUAUCCAUGGCCAGUUUUAUGAUUUAAAAGAACUUUUUAAAGUGGGUGGGGAUGUUCCAGACACAAAUUAUCUAUUCAUGGGAGAUUUUGUUGAUCGAGGAUUUUACAGUGUAGAGACCUUUCUUCUCCUAUUAGCUUUAAAGGUUCGUUAUCCAGAUCGCAUCACUUUGAUUAGAGGGAACCAUGAAUCACGUCAAAUUACCCAGGUUUAUGGUUUCUAUGACGAAUGUUUUAGAAAGUAUGGUUCAGUGACUGUGUGGCGCUAUUGUACUGAAAUUUUCGACUACCUAAGUCUUUCAGCCAUCAUUGACGGCAAAAUAUUCUGUGUGCAUGGUGGGCUAUCUCCUUCAAUUCAGACACUGGAUCAAAUCCGAAUAAUUGACAGAAAGCAGGAAGUUCCUCACGAUGGACCUAUGUGUGAUCUCCUUUGGUCUGAUCCUGAAGAUACACAGCAAGGAUGGGGAGUGAGUCCACGCGGUGCCGGUUAUCUUUUUGGCUCCGAUGUUGUGCAACAUUUCAACACCUCAAAUGACAUCGAAAUGAUUUGCAGAGCACACCAGCUUGUCAUGGAAGGCUACAAAUGGCAUUUUAACGAAACGGUGCUGACGGUGUGGUCCGCCCCCAACUACUGCUAUAGGUGUGGAAAUGUAGCUGCCAUUUUGGAAUUGGACGAAAAUCUCCAUCGAGAAUUCACGAUUUUUGAAGCUGCCCCUCAAGAGACUCGUGGCAUUCCUUCCAAAAAACCUCAAGCCGAUUAUUUCCUAUGAGAAACACGAAAUGUUGAUCGUUGAUAUAUCCCCUGCGAUUUUUUACAAAAAUAAUUAUUCGGUAAUGCAUAAAACAAAAAAACACAAAAAAAAAACAGUAACUGAUGUGAGAUACCCCAUCAGUUGAAACAGAGCAAAAGAGCCUGUAUCAUGUUGGUUGACCAUUUACCUUGACCGCCCGGACUAACAAAUAGGUUUUUGAAAAUUCUGUUCUGUCCAAUCCCUUCCUUUUUUUGGUAAACACAGUCUUGUCCUUUAUAAUAAAAAUAUAUCUUGAUCGUCCAAACAAGUGUUCAGUUUCCCUUUUCAACUUUUUGCUGCAGGAUAUCACAUCUGACUAAGCUACUCCCACUACUCAGUUUAAUGAACAAUAUCUUUGUGUACGUGCGGUUAUGGUAUGUUGGGGGCGAAUUGUGUGACGUGUGUAAUUAUUUUUUAACAUCAGUGCUAAAUAUUGAUGCAAUGGCCAUGCUUCCAAAAUCUUUUUUUUUGUUUGUGUUGCACCCAUUUAUAUUAUUAUGAAUGUGAUGCUUGCGAUGGCUCUCAACAUGCACUGUAUACAAUUUCUUGAAAUAACGAUGGACUUGAGACGAAAA